CAUUAUUUGAAAGUGACUGAACUGGAAGGAGGGAAUCGAAAACAAAAGUCUCCAGGGAGAAAAUUAUCAUCAGAGUAGCCUUUUGAGCUUCAGCCACAUGUUAAUACUGGUUUGAGAGGAAUUCUGAUUGGCACCCUGCAAAGCUGGUUAUAAUAACAUCUAUUGAGAUGUCUUCCUAUGUUGGGUUUGCAAACCUCCCAAAUCAAGUUCACAGAAAAACUGUCAAAAGAGGUUUUGAAUUCACACUUAUGGUUGUAGGUGAAUCUGGACUUGGAAAAUCUACUCUUGUUAACAGUUUGUUUCUGACAGAUCUUUAUGCUGGAAGAGCUGUUCCAUCAGCAUCAGAGAGAGUGAAAUCAACAUUGAACAUCGAGACAUCUGCAUGUGAAAUAGAAGAGCGUGGUGUGAAGCUAAAGUUGACCGUUGUGGAUACACCAGGCUUCGGUGAUGGGAUUAACAAUUCAGAAUGCUUCGAGCCAAUUCUUGAAUACGUGGAUCUGCAAUUUGAAAAUUAUCUACGAGAUGAAUCUGGCCUAAACCGACGAAAUAUCGCUGAUACAAGAGUGCACUGCUGUUUUUAUUUUGUCAGUCCUUCUGGGCAUGGACUAAAACCCAUCGAUGUGAAGUUCAUGAAGAUGCUGCAUGAAAAAGUGAACAUCGUUCCAGUUAUAGGAAAAGCUGACAGCCUCACGAAGACUGAAAUUGGAAAAUUAAAGAAAAAGGUAAUGGAGGAAAUGCAGAAGCACGGAAUUCGUCUGUACGACUUUCCUGAUUGCGAGCAGGACGAGGAUGAAGAUUUCAGGAAUUUGACGAAACAGCUCAAGGCUACGAUGCCUUUUGCGGUGGUCGGAAGUAACGCUGUGCUUGAUGUGAAGGGAAAGAAAGUCAGAGGACGAGCUUACCCAUGGGGAGUCGUUGAAGUUGAAAAUCCCGAACACAGUGACUUUGUAAAACUGAGAACCAUGCUUAUUACAUACAUGCAAGAUUUAAAGGAAGUAACUCAAGAUGUGCACUACGAGAAUUAUCGAGCACAAAAGCUGACAAAGCCUGGGCAAGAAGUGGCCAAAAAAGAACCUAGAGUGAAUGCUGAUGACAAGGAUGCUUUGCUCAAAGAAAAAGAAGCGGAGUUAAAGCGAAUGCAAGAUAUGAUUGCGAAGAUGCAAGCCCAAAUGAAAAGCCAACAGCAGUGAUUGAAUAUGUAGAUGAGUGCUUGAAAGCAGGUCUUUAUGUACACGUUACCGAUUUGCCAAGGUCUGCUUUGUGGCCUAACGUAACUUGUGUAUUUACGGUGCUGUAUCUUGAGUUGCUAUGACUGAUCUCCUAAAUAUUAAAAGUAGACCUGUAUAAGCAUUUUACGGAUAUUUCUCAUUUAAGGUAUCCCUUUAUUGUAAAAUAAAAAAAUUGUUCUUUAAACACUAUUAAUUUCCUGCAUUGUAUAUGCUAGUAAUAAUUUAAAGCUAUUUCAGAUAUAUUUUCUUAUGUCUCUUGUCCUUAUUGAGGCAAAAUAUGAAAUUAUGUUUUUUUGCGAUAGCGUUAUUUUACAGUAGAGGGCAUUUAUAUGAAUUGCAAAAUUUAAGCUAGUUUCUCUUGUAUCAAUGCUAACUCGUUGUAACUUUGGACUUUCAGAAGAUAUGUGAUGAGGCCUUUUGUUUUGAUUUGUGAAGAUGCAUGAUUUCAAAAAAAUUUUGAUUUAAACCUCUGCUUUGGUGAUUAAAAUAUUCAGCUAUACAUUUGCUAAUGGCUUUUUGAUGUUAUUUUGUUUUUCUAGCACCUUUUUUGUUUGGAGGGGAAAUUGAAUUUUAGUGGUACCUGACUUUAUGCAAGAUAUUCCAGCAAUGAACCAAAUUGCAUUCGUCUCUCCUGUCAUUAAGGAUUUCGAUUUCUUUGAUUUGUUUUCUCAUAUCUUAGAUAUGGAUUUAAAUUCUUUGAUAUUUAGUGAAAUUGUGUAUUGUUUUGUAUUCUUUGUUAUUAUUAGUAUAAUUAUUAUAAUUGAGAUUAUCACGA